AUGGACGGGUCACCGGGCCCGGCUGAGCCGCCGUCCGCUUCGCUCUCUACGUCGCUCGACAAUGUAGUUGCUGAACUGACACCCAUCCUCCACUCCAUACAAGAAAUAUCCGACCAUCAGCCGUUUAGCAUAGACCAUGUCCUAAGGUCAACCGAAAAUAUCCUGACCCUCCGCCACACGUUAAUUGACACCGCCAGGCCCCGCGAAGCGAAAGACGUGUUUCGGAACCUGGGAGGCUUUCAAACACUGCUGGGUCUUGUCCGACGGUUAGCAGAACUAUACAAUCCCAAGGCGCUCUCAAAGGAUGAACGAAAGAUUCUCUUGUCGCUUCUUAAAGACUUGUUGGCUGUUCUCUCCGAGUGUUUGCGGGAUCAUUCUGGCAAUAGGCGGUAUUUUGCAAAGAGGAUUGGGUGUGAGGAGCGUUGGUCUAUCGAGGAGUCACUGAAGCUGUUCGUGGAAAAGCCGAAGGAGGAAGAAAUCCCUGACAGCGAUGUUGAACAGAUAUACGGGGCACUUCUAGCUGCUGCCCUCUGUCAAGAAACCGUCACAGAAAUUUUCACUGUCUUGAGAACAAAGUAUGCAUCGGAUCAACUCGCACCAGCCCCUUCAAGCAUCCGCCUUGGCGUUGAUAGGCUGCUCAACUCGACAGAAACCGUUGAGUUGCAUGAGUUCAUUGGCCCAUUUUUACGGACAUGGUUUCUCCAGUCAGCACGUUCGAUUCAAUAUCCUAUCCAGAGACUAGCCAUUCCAGCAUGUUUCUGCAAGCUGGCCACAAACUCACGGAGAAAUAUAAUUGCUCUUCACGCGACGGGUAUUCUGUCGUCAGUGCUACGGUCCAUUUUUGAUGGUAGGUUCUCUGCACAGGAGAAAGCAUUGUAUCAAGAAUUAGGCGACCUUCUCUGCACUGAGGGCAUAACGAGUCUCGAUGAUGUUAUAUACCUCUAUAGGCAAUCAUGUGUCUCUAUCGAGGCUUCUAAGUUUCUCCUCCGUGCCAUGCAAUCUUCCAAAGAACCACCUUGUAUCCAGUUUGAUAUGGUUCCCCAUGGCUAUUCUUCAAUUGAGCUCUCGACCCUAGGCCGGCCAUUUCCACCUCUAUCUUCUUCUGGGUAUACGAUAUCAAUAUGGGCCCAUUUCGAUCAGUUUGACCCAAACUCACACACCACAAUAUUCGGUGCAUUCGAUGCUAAACAGACUUGCUUCGUACUCGCGUAUCUAGAAAAGGAUACACGCCAUUUUAUACUGCAAACGUCCAUUAAUGGAUCACGACCCAGUGUUCGCUUCAAAUCCAUUGCUUUUAAGCAGGGCCAGUGGUACCACAUAUGUGUGAUUCAUCGACGGGCUCGCGCGGCGACUCCUUCUCGGGCCUCGCUUUUCGUAGAUGGGGAGUUUAUCGAGCAAUUGAGAAUCGAUUAUCCAACGGUGCCCGUAGCGCGACCCCCCAAUAAGCACCCACGAGUCCAGGCGUUUCUUGGGACACCCCAGGAUUUGGCCAUUAGGAUUGGUAAAGGGGUUUGCGCAACAAAAUGGUCUGUCGCUAAUGCAAUUCUCUCCGAGGAAACGUUUAGCGAUGACUUGAUUUCGGUUUUUUAUCAUCUCGGACCAAGAUAUCAUGGUAACUAUCAAGAUUGCUUAGGUUCUUUUCAGACUUACAAAGCCUCUGCAGCGCUAAACCUGCGAAACGAAAGCCUUCAUCCCGGAAAGGAAGAAAACUCAGACAUUGUAACUGCGAUUCGCCAAAGGGCUAGCAUUCUCGUCCACGAAUCAUCUUUCCUAAUGAAUAUAUCACCCACCACGGUACUAGAUGACGAUGACAGUAAUUAUGUCAACGAGUCACAACUUAUAAAAUUCUUGUCGAGACAGGCAGCGAAGAACCUCCAUGGGAUGAUUAACACGGGUGGAAACGCCAUUGCCAUAAACGGGGCUAUUCCAGCAAUAAAUGAUGCUUUAACCCAUUCACACGGCAUGGCUAUACUAGCUGGCGAGCCCGUCGUCUCCGUGCCGCAGUCCCUUGAUGAUGCAAGUUGGCGAAUUGGAGGUUGCGUAGCCGUGCAUUUAAAUAUGCUGCAUGCUGCUACAUGCCCAGAAAAUACAAUCCUUGCAGUCCAAAUACUUUUUGAAGCCAUACAAAGCAACUGGAGAAACAGUGAGGCAAUGGAAAGAGACAACGGUUAUGGUAUUCUUGCGUUGCUACUUCGAGAGAAGCUGGGAUUUCCUCAGACUGCCCAGCCUGGCGGAUCAAAAACGUCAACAGUGUGCUCGGACAAUAGAGAGCGUUCCUCGCUAGCAAUUGAACUAUUAAGGCAUAUUCUAUCUUUUAUCGGCUACAAUUUUGAUGAGCCAACCAAAUCCAUCAUCACAAAUCCUUUGGCAUACCGUGUUCUCCUUGUGGACCUUGAUAUAUGGCGCUAUGGAGAACCCUCGUUGCUUCAAAUGUAUUACUCUCAAUUUAGCACGUUUUCUACGGAAAGCCAGCACCGUCGGUUCAAUGCCAGAAGAUUAUCCCGCAUGCGUGUGAACAAAAGAUUUCUAGAUGCUUUGAAAGGCGAAGAAUUCACUGAGGAGACAUUGAGUCUAUUCAUUCCCGCAUUUCGCUCUUUGUUCGAAAGUUGCGUAUCGGCAGAGUUGUUGCGGUCGUUGUCUCUUUUCAUCACAUUCGCCCUUCACGACGAGAAAAUUCCAAAGCUUCAAACGAAGAAAAGUAUGCGCUUUAAUUCCCGUGCUCGUCAAGUAUCGUCCGCUUCGGAUCCAAACUUGAAGAAAGGCAUGCCAAAAAGACAAAUUGGCUUGGAACUUCUUCGCAUGUACACGGACUUUCUCUGUGCACCCGACGAUUUUACCAAUAUCAAAAGAUUUGCAAGGGCCGUAACAAAUAAGUGGCUUCUUUAUCUGAUGUGUGAAGAUGCACCGGAAGCAGUAGUAAUGGCAACUAAAAUUCUCGCAAGGUUGAUUAUUGUCCACGGCGGAAGCUAUAGCAAGAAGCUUGCGCAGAAGACUGGUGGCUAUAUUAUUAUGAAAAAUCGGCUCAAACGAUGGUGGAAUGUUUUUGCCCUGUGGCCCAUUUGCCUUGCGAUCCUUUUUGGGCUUGACACUGCGGAAGUCGACAUUGAUACUUUGACCGACCUUUCAUCGCUCUUGGAUAUGCUUAUUCAUAAGCGACGCCUCGAUGUUGUUUUCUCCGAAGUACUUCCAGUUAUAGCAGACAUGCUAAGGACUGGCUUGGAGGAUUCGAUAUUCAAUAAUGCGUCGGCAAAAGACCGGGCCGUGUUAUCGAAUGCCAUCACUUUUCUUUCUGAUGUUCAUUCAAAAUCUCCAGGCUUCAGGGACUUCGCCGCAACUUCAACGUAUACUCAAAAACUGCUAUUUGUUUUGUUUCCUAUGACAGGCUCACGGACAGUCAAUGCCGAGGUUGAGCUACACUAUCGAGAAGAUGGCCCCAGCUCUGAACCCAAUUAUGCAAAGAUACAGCAUUCCGUUACACCUGCGCCUGUUCUUCGUACUUCAAGAGUCGCGCCAUCGGACUUGGCAUUGGAGACUCAUGGGUCCUUACGAAGAUCCUCCUCCUUUGUUCUCAUAUCCUCAGACAGACCCCAAUAUGCACCUUCAUCGGCACAGCUAUACCGAACCUCUACACCACGCAUUGAUAGAGACGCCUCUUAUGAAAACAACGAUUUAGUCCUGGAAGUACGAGCUAUCAUAUUUAAAGUCUUUGCUUCGCAGAUCAUAUACCGGAAAGAUUUUACUGGUCUUGGCCUUUUUUUGAAAACGCCUCCAAGUAAUCUAGAGCCCCAGGCCUACUUUGUAUCCUGGCUUCUCCGAGGCACCCUCACAGAAUUGCGGUCAACCUUCUCAGCAAAUGAAAACUUACUUCAAGAGCCCCGAGUUUUGACAAGCCUUGCACGAUUUCUGACCCAUGUGGGAGAAUCUUUGUUUGAAGGUUGGUUCCUAAAUGGCAGUGACCAAACCCUUGAUCUAGCGGGGUUUGUCCUCGAAUAUCUUUCCCGCCCUGAGAUAGCAUCAUUGAAAAUCAUUCGCCUUUGCAACCAAGCCAUCACUACCGUUCGCUCGGUGCUUUUUAAAGUUAUUUUGUUCGAAUUAUCAAAACAAGACGAUAGUGAUUCGCUGGCUUUUCUAAACCGCCUCAGGUAUUGGCAGACAAUUAUCUUGGCUGCAGGAGAGUCAGAGGCCGAAUACUUGAAACUAUUUUUUUACCAACUUUACAUAAAGUCGGUCUCUGAAAAACACGAAAUUCGCUUAGCUGCUGCCACGCUCUGGCGAAUAAUUCUGGUUCAAAGGCCAUCCGAGAUGGCAUCUAUACUAAGUCAUGCCCCGCUAUCACUCCAGCAUCGGUUGACGAACGGAUUUGAAGAAUUGGUCGGAAUGGAUGACGCAGCUUUCUUGAGUUGGAUUGAUGACCAGCGUGAGGAUUUAGAUUCGUUCUUCUUCCGAAGUUUGUCUAAAUUCUGGGAUAAUUUCGUACAAGAAGAAAAUGACAGGACUCAAGAAUCGAGUCGCUCUCGACUAGCUAAGCGGAAAGACAGACUGAAGCAAUGGGGACAAGAGGAGCAUGCAGCGGAGGAGAUACUUCGCAAACAUAGUACAACCUUUGACCACUGGACUUCGAACAUAUUUGCCUCGGAGUUUUUGAAGCAUCAGAGACUUUUGCAAGAUCAACAUGACAAUUACUCAUUUAUGUGGUCUUCCUUUUCUCGGCUUUCUGAAGACUUGUAUCGUUUCGGAGGUGUGUUGGAGAAGGAAGGGAAAAAACGGUGGCGACUUGACCAAACUGAAGGGCGCAGCCGAAUGAGGCUUCGUGUUAUCCCUGAUGAUUCGGAUGAGAGACAAGACUAUCAACCGAAGCGGAAAGCCUCAGAGCCACCAGUCAUGAGACUUAAUACUCAAUUGCAACCAGCAUCCUCUUCAGAGGCACUCCAUAAUACCCCCACCGCGGCAGGUUUCGCAGAAGAAUCCGCGGAUACAGGAGCGGUGGCAGCCGACGGCGAAGACAAGUCUGCCCUUGAGGACAGCUUUGAGAUGAUCGAUGAUCCCAGAAUAGAUAUUGAUGAAUAUGAAGACAAAAAUAGGAAAGUGAUGCGGAGUCUCCAACGGGGGGAUCAAGUCCAAAGUGUCUGCAAUAUGUCUCGCAUUAUCGGGUUGGAGGCGUGCGAAGGUCUUUUGAUUAUUGGUAAAAAUGCUGUCUAUAUUCUAGACAACUAUUUUCAACGCGCCGAUGGGGAGAUUGUCAAUGUCUGGCAGGCUCCUCCUGAGGAAAGGGAUCCGUUUGUACGCAUGAUUGCGGGACGCGAAUCCAGUGAACAAAAAUUCCGCGAACACGAAGUGAGGAACUGGAAAUGGCCAGAUCUUAUCAGCGUUUCGAAACGGCGGUUCCUUUUCCGCGACGUUGCCCUUGAAAUGUUUUUCACAGACGGUCGUAGCUAUCUUCUGACAUUAAUUUCAUCCCGAGCUCGAGAUGAGCUGCAUAAUCAACUUUGCGCGCAUGCUCCACAAUUCGGUGGAAAUAUGAAUGUUACACGCCCCGAAGAUAUCUGGAGAUUCGAGAUGCUGAGGGUACAAGAUGAUGCGCCCCAAUCUCUAGGGUCGAAAUUCGCGAGCGUCUUUGGGCAGCCGUCUUUGAAUCCAGCAACUCGCAAGUGGAUCAAAGGGGAGAUGUCAAAUUUCCACUAUCUGAUGCUCAUCAAUACCCUGGCUGGUCGAACGUUUAAUGAUCUCACUCAGUAUCCCGUCUUUCCGUGGGUCCUUGCAGAUUAUACGAGCGAGGAGUUGGAUCUAGACGAUCACAAGAGCUUUCGUGAUUUGUCGAAACCAAUGGGUUGUCAGAAUCCUGAAAGAGAAGCGGAAUUUCGUGAGCGAUACAAAUCUUUUGCAGAAAUGGGUGAUGAAAAUGCCCCUGCAUUUCAUUAUGGAACUCACUACUCUUCUGCCAUGAUAGUCAGCUCGUAUCUCAUUCGGCUACAGCCUUUUGUCAAAUCAUAUCUACUCCUGCAGGGUGGCACCUUUGACCACGCAGAUCGUCUGUUUUACUCUGUGGGCAAAGCAUGGGAAUCCGCUUCUCGAGGCAAUUUAUCGGAUGUCCGCGAGCUCAUUCCGGAAUUCUUCUAUCUCCCGGAAUUUCUUGUGAAUUCAAACAAUUAUGAUUUUGGACUACGACAAAACAUGACCAAAGCUAUCGACUCCGUGGAAUUACCGCCAUGGGCUAAAGGUGAUCCAAAAAUAUUUAUCGCAAAACAUCGUGAAGCCCUGGAGAGCCCAUACGUAACCGAACAUCUUCAUGAAUGGAUUGACCUUGUUUUUGGAUUCAAGCAGAAAGGCGAGGCGGCGAUUGAGGCGGCAAACGUCUUUCACCAUCUUUCAUACCAAGGCGCGAGAGACCUGGACAACAUCGAGGACCCCGUCGAGCGGUUGGCUACUAUCGGCAUUAUUCAUAACUUUGGACAGACACCACAUCAGGUUUUCCAACGAGCUCAUGCUCGUCGUGAUGACCCAAGUCGCAAAGAGGGCUGCCUCGAUACUUUGGCUGAGUCAUUGACUAGGGUUCCUCUCUCUUUACUAGAUAUUCACGAGCGAGUCUCAUCUAUGUCCAUGAAAAAUGAACGUCUAUUGUGCACACCUGCUUUCCGGCUAAAUGUACCUCCAAGUUACGACAAAUACCUGGAGUGGGGCUUUUCAGAUGGCAGUGUCAGGUUCUAUGCAGCCGACAGUAGAAAGAUCCUUGGCCACUUCGAACACCUCCAUGUUGGACAACUGUCGUGCGUUCUUUUCGCAGAUUCGCAGACUCUGAUCACAGCCGGCAGCGACUGCACUAUUUCCAUAUGGUCGUUCGGUUCCAAUGGCAAGAUGAUGGAGCUACAGCCUCUAGCAUGCCUUUACGGUCAUCGAACUACGAUAUCUGUUUUGGCACCGUCCCGGUCAUUCAGUACACUGCUAUCAGCAUCUUCGGACGGACAGAUUAUGCUGUGGGAUCUCAAUCGACGUUGUUUCGUGCGAGAACUUCGCGCUGAGGGACCAGUGGAGUGUGCUCGAAUCAACGAUAGGACUGGAACCAUCAUGAUAUGCCGAGGGGGUCGCAUCUCCCUGUAUUCACUGAACGGUUCUCUUCUUAUUGAUCAAGUGAUAUGCGAGACAGAUGAUGACCACAUUAUAUCGUGUGCAUUCUACGAAGGAGAGAGCAACGAAUGGCUCGAGAGGGAGCUUCUCUUUACAGGCCACCAGAGAGGUGUCGUCAAUGUUUGGAGCAAAGUUAUCCGAAAUGGACGGUUUGACCUGGAUCUAAUCCGUCAACUUCAUCAUGUUGAUCAUAAUAAAGACACCGGCGUCAACGUCUCUGCGGGGAUCAGCUGCAUCCUUCCGCUCCCACACAGUGUAUACACCGGCGAUGACACCGGGCGCGUUAUACGAAAGUACGAAUGGGAUUGCAUCCAACGUCGAUCAUGA